ACAACCUGUUCCUUUCUAUUUGGUUAAUGUGUAUUUUGAGCAUUCGUGUGUUCCUUAUCACCAUGUAACAGUGGUUUGGGAAAAGAUUGCAUUUUAUAAGCAGUUGCGUAAAAAAAAUCGGAAAAGGUAUGUAGUAAACACCGUCACUUUACAACGCCCCAAUUACCAAAUACUAUGAUUAAAGGAAGCUAGAUUAAAUUCUCAUUCGUCAUCUGCUUCCGCACUAAUUAAUUAAUAAAACGGUACACUAAUUGAUGAUCGUAAAAUACUCCCGAUCUGUAGUACCACACAGCACUGUGAAGGUAAGCUGCUACGAGCGUGCACCAGCCAGGCAAUCUGCAAGUUUCCACUCGCAAAGGGCUGACCUUAGGCACCAUACCAACAGGAACGGAUCACUUAAAUAGAUUAUUUUACAUAUUGCGGCGUGACUCCCCGCGUACACCAUAUGACCGUGACCGGACGCUAAUAUGCUCCAGCACCAAUCCACCAAUCGACCAUCGGGACCAACGCCCAUGUUUUCCAAUGUACUUUGCCCACCACCCUCCUCUAGCGAAACCGCCAUUAACGCGCUCUAAAAUCUCUUCCCCAAAAGCAGCCCCAAACUGAGGCUACGAGGAACUCCUCCUUGGUAGGGCGGGUUGGUUAUACCAGCGAGUACCAGUACCCGGACCAACGAACUGUUGCUGACAGCCUUGAACUGGUUUUAUAGAACGCUACAUUAUUACUACAGCCCCACUAACACCACCAUCAGUAUCCGGAGUUCGUCUCGUUCCACCCGGUACAAGGAGUCAGUACUUGUUUGCACGCCCGAAUGGACACGAUGUUUGCGCGAACAGGUCGGUCCUUCGGCGAUAAUUCGCCAGGUCAAAAAAAUGGCCCUGACGUGACGUAUGAUGCACAGCUGUAAGGAGGAAAAAAACACCAGUAGCAGAUUCGAAUCAGGUGCCAGAGGUGGCGGCUUUGGGCCAUUUCCUUUCAAAUCAUACCUCCAAUAAAAAUGGAUCAUUAUGUUCAAAGUCACGUGGUGGGUUAAAUUUCAACUUCAAGGGAAUUCUAGGUGGACAGACAAACAGCCCUGUCCAUCCAUGGGUGUGUUUGUUAAAAUAUUGGUACAACGUAGCACUGGUUUGAACAGUUUUGUCAAACAGUUUGAAAUUGCUACGCCUCUUCUACAUCUGCAUCCACUCACUCCAGUUCAAUCCUUUCCCAAAGGAAAGAGCCUUCUACCAAUUCACCCCUCUUACUAAUACAUCGUUUCGGCUGAGUUGUAAGGGCUAUGGGAAAUAAUAACGAUUAGUUUAUCCGUUAGGGCACCACCGUUGGAUUGCCUUGAGAUGGUAGGGUCAAGGCGUGACUUUUCCUUCCUUUUUGCAGGUAGGUACCGCCAGCCACCAGAACCACAGCUACACAUAAGUGUGUGCGUGUGUGCCAGCGAGGACCCACGACUUUCGCUGGAACGAUCCUGCUGGAACCCAACGCUCCAGGGCAUUCCGAACGAAUGGUAAAGGGAGAGUCUGAGUGGCACUAAUGGGUCGGUGUGGUCCGCCGAGUGGUCUGCCCGUUUGGGUCGGUUUAAUUUAUUUUUAGCGUCCACACACAACCCGUCGACUGACUGACGAACGUGUGGUCGGAUUUAGUACCGCCUGAGCGGGCCAACGCGACGGAUGUGUCCGACUGGGACGGACUUGGACCAAUGGGGACUGUGCGUGCGUGAGAGAAGGUCGGUCGGUCGGAGUAAACCCUCGCGCGGCGGGAGAACGUCGUUUGUGUCGUGGAUAUUCACUCGCCCCGAGCUCCACAUGCACGAAUGAAGUGAUAAACGGUCCGGUGGUAUGCCGUUUUGUAGCAAUAAAACCCAAGGUGGUGUGGUGUGCCACACUCGUAGGAGUGUGGCUAACGGCCAGGUUAUCCUUAUCCUACAAGGAAUGGUAUUUUAUGCAGAGGAAAUUUACGCUAAUAAAGCAACAUUCAGUGACCAAUGCGGUUUGUUGGCUGUCGAGCUACAGUGUUUUCCAGUGAUUCGUUAUCAAAGUGAUAAAACGAAGUGGCGUGAAAUGAAAUGUCGAUCGUAACGAUUGUUUCGUGAGAAUAUUCCAAUUACGACACUAAAAAACCAGAAAGCUAACCUUAUGCGAUGAUGUGCUGCAUUUUUAAACGAAUGGUCAAAUAUUAACGGUGAUAUCUUGUUGUGCAAUUGUAUGUGAUUGUGUGUACGGGUACGGGGAAUAGCCUUGUGACAUUCGACAGGCUUUCCAGUGAGACGGUGGAUGGAAAUAGAAAUGUGAAUAAAAAUAGCAUUUGAUUGCUGUACCUUUUUUGAACGUAUUGUUACGCAGAUGGAAGAGUAAUCGUUUACUAAUAUUAUCGUUGAAAGUUUGUUACCCUAACCAGAUAGAUUUAUAAUCUCACAUCAUGGUGCGCCUAAAACAUCGACAGCAUGGACCCGCAACGAGGUCCAACAGUCGCGACUUUUUGGACUGGAAUGUUUUUGUGUCGGAGCCUGAAAUACCUCGAUUAAGACAUAGAACUGGCAGUUGGUGGUACACACAAGAACGUUUCGCAGUCAAGCAUCCGCACGAGUACAUUACGGUAGACGAACUGAACUGCUACCGUAAACGAAAGUUCUCACAAGAUCACGCCAAACAUCUAGGCAGCAACUUUUCGCUGUACAACAAAUCGGAACCUUCACUGCCAUCGGCGGUCGAUGCAAAAGCAACCGAGUACGCCGACCGAUUUCAACGCCGAGCGGCAUACGAACGAGCACUUCCGUUGAGACGCAGCACCUCGCUGCACAUUGAGCCGGGCACAAUGAAGGGCCUGUCGGAAAAUCACUCCAAGUUUGUCAGCUAUUCGCAGGACACGAUCGUGAAAUCUCGACCACCUGCCGUUAGGCCAGAGGAAUGCUUCAAGCUGCCGGACGGUGGGUCCCGGGGUAACGGACUUGCCAACGCGUCUUCCGAGUACAAGUCGGCCUUUCUGCCGUACGAUUUUCUGCCGGCCACGAUGGACCACCGGUACCGCAAUUUAAACAAGCGCAAGGAGAAGGAAAAGCGUGACGAUUUGAGCGCCUCCGACUCGAAGCUGCACAACAAGGAGCAGCUUACGCGCAGCAAUCUAAGACUGACCGGCGAGGCCACGUUCGAGCCGGAGUACAAAAGUCAGUUCGCACUUCCGCUGGCGGGCGACAAGUCGCGCUCGACACCACAGCUCAACAACAUUGCCUUUACUGGCAACUUUCGCGAGGCACCGUCCGAGUACAAGGAGUGCUACAAGUACUACGACCAUUUCACCAAGAGUGCUCCGAUCCGGAAGUUUGAUAACCUCAGCUUGCACGGUACGAUCGAGUUUCGGCCCGAGUACAAGGAAAGCUACCGGGAGCUGCCGACGGGCGGGGCCACCGAUCAAUGGCGCUCGCAGUGUGUGGUGCGCAAGGACAAUCUGUCGCUCAAGGGCGACUUUCUUGGGCGCGAACCGGAAUACAGCUACAGUUUCCGAAACCCGCACAUCACGUGCAAACCGGAGAAGGCCAAACCGAAGGACAACUUUCUGGCGAUGCAGGGCGAUAUGGACUACACGCCGAUGUAUCGCUGCUCUUACGUUGACUAUCCACGUACGAGACCGCUGGUAAAGAAACCGGUGUGUAGCAUAAAUUUGGAGGACGUGUACGAAAAACCGCCCCAGCGUCGGCUUCACCGCGGCUCUCCAUCGCCCGUCAAAUACAACGUUCAUGCCGCACCCACCGACGGUUCAAAGCCCGACGUGAUCGAUAAGUUCGUGUCGCAGCCCGAGUACCGGAAGGCGCAGCGGGAGUUAAUGAUAAAGAAGCGGUCCCCACCGAAGGAGCGGGGCAGUCUGCUGGCCCAGAAAAUACUCCAAGACAGCAAGCUAACCACCGACCCAGCGCACCCGAUGCCACCCGUCCCGGUGGUGCACGUGGAAAAUGUUGGCGGAGGAAGUAGUUCCUCCACCACGCACGACGGUACAUCCACCACCACCGUAAAAGCAAGGGCCAGCAGUCCGGUCCAGCUGCCGGUGCGGAUAGCGAAGCAUGGACGGCGCGCCAAAUCGCCCAUCAUUGCCAUUCAGCGGGAAAAUGAGCCGGUCAUCUUCUACAAAGAUCUGCACCGAAAAGGUGACGCCCAUACCGUGCGCAAUCGGUCGAAGAUAGUGGAGGCAAAUGCUGCCUACCGGAAACCGACCUACCAGCCUCCGCCGCACACACACAAAAAGGCGAUCGACAAGGCUAAAGCGGGGACGCAAUCUUUCGUCGUGCUGAACGCGCCGGCGAAGCAACGAUCAACCCGUUGGGCGGAACCGGCCACUAUCUAUGACUCACAUUUCUACUAAACCAAUGUCUAUGUGUACGGCUGUAUGUAUUCUAGAUGUACCGUAUCCACCUCACUGGAUCACAGAAAACAUAUUGGAAUUAUUAGUUUUCUUCUUAUUCAUUAUCGACAUUUGCUACACUUUUCAAUUAAAAAAAAUGCAUUUCUGUUGACAAUUAUUUAGUUAUUAUAAACACUUUAGGUUAUAUUACAAAAAAAGAAUUAGAUACAAGAAACAGGUUUCAAUUUGUUUAGCGAAUAAACGUUAUACCUAUGUAUGAAAAUAAAUUUGAAAAAAUGCACUUUAUCUAACAUACAUCAUUAUCAUGAACAUUCAAUCUUAUUUCACUACUGAACAACGAAGGAAACUUUAAAAGGGAAACAUCCCUCACAUUCGCUCGUACCACUUGUUCGGAUGGAUCUGUGAACAUAUGAACGACAGUAUUGUU